AUGUCUCCUUCGCUCUUUACCCUCCCUUCCUCUCUCCUCCUCCUCCUCCCCAUCCUCGCCCUCUCUCUCCUCGCCCUCUCCCUCGCACCCACAAACAGCACCCGCGUAGCCCGCUCCUCGCUCCUCCCCUCCUACGCGUUCAUCGCGUCUCUCGGUCUCUUCGCUGCUCUCGCUGGUGCCUUUGGUGUAGCUGCAACGCAGCUUGGCCCCCCUGAUACCUUCUACCUUUGUGCUCUCGUGUUCAGAGUCGUGCUGGAAUGUCUGCACACCCUCUCCGCUCUUAUUGCCCCAUUCCUUCCCUCCUCCUCCCAACAAAUCCCUGCCCUCCUCGCUUCCACCUUCCAGCUUAUCCUCAACGUUGCCCUCUUACUCCUCCCCAUCCUAAUCAUCGCUUUCCCAUUCGGUACCCCCACAUUAACUUCAUCAUCCCAAGACGGUGCAAGCACCCGCUAUCUCUUCCCAAAAUAUCGCGAGGAGACUGUCAUUGCCACUAGCACUACCUCCCAAGUCUCCCCCACUCAUCCAUGGCCCGAACCAGACAUCGAAGCAGGCCAACGUCCCGAGUUCAAGCCAGCGUCCAAAUAUUCGUCGCCUCAUUCGCCUACACUAUGCACUUGGCCGUUUCCCGGUACUCUUGGACAUGACCGUGCUCAUGGCUUUGGAUCCACUCAACCGGUAAAAGGUGUUUGUGAGAUCGACACCAAGAACCCCGUUAUGGCUAGCAUGCCGCGGAUAAGGACUGAUUUGAAGGCGGACGUGACCAGUAGACGAGGGAAAGCCUCUAUUCCCAUGUCGAUAUCCUUUGUCCUUGCCCAGAUCUUUGCGCUCGCAGUCACUGCAAUGAGUUUGGGGAACGUUGUUCUCUCUGGUGGUGAUGUUGGUAUGGGAGGGACGGAGACGGGAAUUGAGGUCAACCUGGAUAUCGCGCGUGGCGUCUUUUUGGCCAUGUGGGCUGCGGGGAUGCUGUUUUCUUUAUUCUUUGUUCAUUAUCGCUCUGGACCGCCUUUGUCUAUUGACGAAGAUGAUGAUUUUCCGAGUCCGACGUCGACGAUGUCGACGCUGAUGAGUCCGAUGACGCCUGGGACGCCGGCUGGUCAGGGCCCAAGUCAGAUGCACAGCCCGAAUCAAAGCCCAAGUAAAAGCUCGACUAUGAGUAGAGACAAAACGCAAAGUCAAGGAGAAAUGCGGGGCCCGUGUGAAUAUCAAAACCAAAGUACGCAAAGUGGGGGUCAAACGCAAGGCCAAGACAAAUCGGCGUGGGGUUUUUCAUACCCUCGCGUAUCUAAGCCGAUAUCGAUGACUUCGCUCCGUUCAUCGUUUGGCUUAAAUCCACGCUCGCAUUCUAUGCGGUCGUCAUCUACGCGGGGUGCAGAUGGACGUUGUGUAAAGGGUGGUAAGGGUAGGCGUGGUGCGAAGGCAGACACCCCGCCCACCUCCGACUCUGACUCUGACUUUUGCUCCCUCCGCGACCCAUUCGCCUCUCCGCCCGUUGUGCCAGUUGUGUCCGUCGCGUCAUGUACACCCCCGCCGAGGGCGAGGAGAACAGCGCCCGAGUUGGAGUUGGGGGAUACUAUAUAUGCUGGUGCCGGGUGGGCUGGCUGCGGUGGUGUUGGAGGCGGGGUGGGCGGAUGGGUAGGUGGUGUGAAACCGCAGUAUAGGUUCGAAGCACCCGGUUCUGCUGCACGAGAUAGGAGUAGACAUCAACAUGGAGGGAGUGGGCAAAGUUUUUCUGGAGGCUUGGGACUGAAUUUUGGGAUGGGGCUCAAGACGCGGUCGGCUGCUAAGACGCUUAUGAGUGCUGGACAGAUGCAGAUGCCAAGGAGGGUGAGGAAGAAGGCGUCUGGGGCGUUGGGCGGUGGUGGGAGCGGCGGCGGGAUCAACCUUAACCUGAAGGGAGGUGCGAAAGGGAGUGGGAGUACGGACGCAAGUGAGGACUUGGAGGUGUUUGAUGCGGAAGAGGCGUGGCUGGCGCAGUUGUUAUUGAAGACACUGGUGGGGGAUGAACAGGCUAGGGUGGAGAAGGAGAAGGAAAUGGAGGUGGGGGUUUGA